AUGAGCGCGGCGGGCGCGGACGGGCGGUGCCCGCGGGCGCUGCGGCUCCUGGCCGAGCUGUGCCGCGCGCGGAGCCUGCCCGGCCUCGACGGGGACACGUGCCGCGACGUGCUGCGCCUGCCCGCCGACCGGAGCCUCAGCCUCGCGCAGCCAGAGCUCUCCGUCAGCCUCCUGGCACUGGUAGUUAUUGUGUGUGGCCUCGCCCUGGUGGCAGUCUUUCUCUUUCUCUUUUGGAAGCUGUGCUGGGUGCCCUGGAGGCAGAAGGCUGUUCCCGCUAACCCCGCCAGCGCCCCCAGCGAGCCGGACCGCGGCAAGGAGGCCAUGGCCGACAAGCUGAAGGACACGGGCACCCUCGGCUUCCUGGAGGCAGCGGUGAAGAUCAGCCACACGUCCCCAGACAUCCCGGCAGAGGUCCAGCUCUCCAUGAAGGACCACGUCAUGCGGCACGCACGGAUCCAGCGGCAGACCACGGAGCCGGCAUCCUCCACCAGGCACAUCUCCUUCAAGAGGCACCUGCCGCGGCAGAUGCACGUGUCCAGCGUGGACUACGGCAUGGACCUGCUGCCUGCGGCCGAGCAGCCGACCAGCAUCGGCCGGAUCAAGCCCGAGCUCUAUAAGCAGAAAUCUGUGGACUCGGAGGAUCCCAAGAAGGAGGCGGAGAAGACCUGCGGGAAAAUCAACUUCGCGCUCAAAUACGACUACGAGAACGAGACGCUGAUCGUGCGGAUCCUCAAGGCCUUCGACCUGCCGGCCAAGGAUUUCUGCGGCAGCUCGGACCCCUACGUCAAGAUCUACCUCCUGCCCGACAGGAAGCGCAAGUUCCAGACGCGGGUGCACAGGAAGACGCUCAACCCCACCUUCGACGAGUCCUUCCACUUCCCCGUGCCCUACGAGGAGCUGCCCAGCAGGAAGCUGCACCUCAGCGUCUUUGACUUUGACAGGUUCUCCCGGCACGACAUGAUCGGGGAGGUGAUCCUGGAGAACCUGUUUGAGGCCUCCGACCUCUCCCGGGAGACCUCCAUCUGGAAGGACAUCCAGUACGCGACCACCGAAAGCGUGGACCUGGGCGAGAUCAUGUUUUCCCUGUGUUACCUGCCAACUGCCGGACGCCUCACUUUAACCGUCAUCAAGUGCAGGAAUCUUAAAGCUAUGGACAUUACCGGCUACUCAGAUCCGUACGUCAAGGUGUCCCUGCUCUGCGAUGGGCGAAGGCUGAAAAAGAAGAAAACCACCAUAAAGAAGAACACGCUGAACCCCACCUACAACGAGGCGAUAAUCUUUGAUAUCCCCCCGGAGAACAUGGAUCAAGUCAGCCUGCUGAUCUCCGUCAUGGAUUACGAUCGCGUGGGCCAUAACGAGAUCAUUGGGGUCUGCCGCGUGGGGAUCAAUGCCGAGGGCCUGGGCAGAGACCACUGGAACGAGAUGCUGGCGUACCCGCGGAAGCCGAUUGCUCACUGGCACCCGUUAGUGGAGGUGAAGAAAUCCUUCAAAGAGCAGGCACCUGCUGCCGGAAGGGAACACAACUGAUGAAUCCCCUUCUCCGGAGCGACAGGAAUUCGCCACCGCUCAGCAGAGCCCUCCACGACCGUCCCGUCUGCAGCAUGCGUCCUGCCCGGAUACCGUCGCCGCGUGCACAGGGCCUGGGUUUGACGCUCAUCUUCACAAGAGCCCAGCACGGAUCCUCCCGGCUUCUGCAACCAGUCUGAGACCUGCCGGAUGAGAUCUCGGCCAGGCAGCGGACGCUAACACCGUCCCAGUGACUUCAGUGGAGCUAUUCGGACUUGCAGGAGCUGAGAAUUUGCCCCCUUUCUUAUAGGCCUGUCCUGAUCUCACUUCACCCCGGUGGAAAUGGGGAGCAGCUUCCCUGAAGUCAGCAGUGUAAGUCAGGUGUAAAUCGGACCAGGAUCAGGCCCGCUGGCCUCGCUGAUCUGGAGACUGUUCCCGAUCGCAGUGCCUCUGGGCGCUGAGCUGUACCUCUGGAUGCACCGCGCGGCCCAAACCGGUCACACGCCGCUCGGCCUCUCGCACCCAGGCCUGCGCUGCCAGGCAGCCCGUGACGGCCGCCUGGGGCCUGGGGCGGCUCCGGCUCCGGGUACGCGUGACAUGCAGCGACCGGGAGGUCAGAGACGGCCCCGCAGCAGCUGAUGGCAGCUGUCACGUCCGACCGGGAGGAAGAGCUGCUUCCCUGCCCUGCCUCAGGCUGGCUCUGUCCCAGACUGGCGCGCUGAGACCCUGGCUCCCGGGGGAAAUCGGAUGGAUCAGUUCAGCUUGUACAAAACAGGAGCCCAGCUGAAAAACCCUGCCCUCCCGCUUCCGCCUCCCAGCCACAGCCCAGCGCGUGCUGCCGGCCCACAGCCGCCCUGGCCCUCGUUCCGUGUCUGUCUGAGUUGCAGCCCUGCUCUGCAACCCUGCAGUGCACGGACACGCCGCGGCAGCAGGCAGAAAGCAGCCCAGUGUGCCAGGCAGCCGUGACCGGGGAAGCGCGAUUUGUCUGUUGUGCCUAACUAAAUCUCCCUCUCUGCAUAUCAGAUGUAUAGCCGUGUGUCGCGUACGGGGCAGCUGAGGCCCGGAAGGCCCUGGGACGUGCCCCAGCACCCACAGGCAGCUCGGAGUCGCCGGCACCCCCGCAGAGAGGUCCUUGCGCUGUCACCGUGUGAUGGGGAGGCGAAGCCCUAGAGCUCCUCUGCCUUCAGGUGUUGAUUUGCAACGCUGGCGGCUCCAGCCUUGUGCCUCCCCCUCCUCCCGCACCCUCCCGUCUGCUGCAGCGUGGGGGCAGCCCCCACUGCCGUCUUCAGGCACCUCAGUAAUGACUAGGCAGCUGUGUGGGUAGCCAGCUACCGGUCUUCUCCUGUAAUUGGCAGGUAACUCGUUCCCAGAGCCUUCCGGUACAGGAGAUGAUCAACCGUGCCAUCCUAACCGUGCAGUCGUGGGGCAGCAGUGAGUCAGAGCUCUGCCUGGCCUCCAGAGUGGUGACGGACGGCGCGGGAGAGCCAACACGGUGCGUGGAGCAGGGCCUGCAGCCUGCCACCUGCCUUGGCGGAGCCCGUCAGCACCGGGGCAUGGGGCCCUGGCAUGGGCAGGCCAGCGGCCACUGCCCCCGGCUGCCAGGGAGCUUGUGCUGCCUCGAGUACCCACAACAGCCAGCCCUACCCAGGAGACUCCUCUUCUGCCCUUCGGCCAGUCGGUCGGUGCCUUUCCCAGCGCACAGCUGGAUCUGGCACGGAAACUGGUGCGGAUGCUCUGAAAGAAGAGCGAGCUGCAAACCGGAGAGCUUGGAGCCCCAGCCUGCGAGAGGCAGCUGGGCUUUCCUGCCCCUGGGUUCCUUAUGGUCUUCCCACGCAACCAGCUUGCGGCCCUCUCGUCUCCAAAUCAAGACCCCGGCUGUGCAAAGAGAAGAGGUUGCUUUUUUCCAGCCCCCUCUAAUUCCUCUGCUGCUAAUCCAGACUUUAACAUACGCUGAAACAGGCCCUGGCUUCGGUCCUUUGGACAGUCUGUCUAGAUGCACGUGUCACCCUUUGGACUUGGAAUAAAAUGACAGACCUGGGACGAAGGACCUGAAAGAGAUGUUUCGGUGAAGAAGAGCUCCCCACUGGCAGCAACGCCUCGGCCGUCCCUUCGGCAGCGUCGGGUGCAGAUGUCUGCUCCCAGACAGCGCCCGUGACGCUGCCGUGCGCCUUCCCACGGGCAGGGCUGUCCUCGGCUCUUGUUCGGGAGCAUUGCCCAAGAGAAGGCAGGUCCUCCAGCCCUACCCAGCCUCCUCUGAUGUCCCAGCAGUGAGCAGAGCACUGAGCCAGGCCGGAGGUUGCAUGAGCCAGGACUCGGCUCUCCCUGCAUCUUGGUCGCUGCCCUGAUGACCCUCUUCUCAUCACUGGUCACCUCCAGACUGCUCCAGUAACGGCACUGAACCCUUCUCCUGCGUCACCAGUGAGCGGCACCCAGAUAUGUCUCUGCCGCAAGAACGGCUCCAGCCCCGGUGCACAGUCGCUGCUGCAUGCUCCCAGCACCCGGAUCUCUCGGCACUGCUGUCUCCACGCGUCAGGCAGCCAGGAGAGGCAUGUGGCAUGUUUGCAAGGCAAGAGACAAAAAAAUUACAGGGUAUCCAUGUAAGCAGUCAAGGGAACCGUGGAAAAUGGAGCUCCCGCUCUCACGCAUGAAAGGAGAAAGCUGCACCUGGCAGCAUCACUGCCCUGGUGAGGGGUCUCCAAGGCCAUGGAGCUCCUCUGGUGUUUGCCACGGGGGCAUUCGCUGGGUGAAACGGGGAAACCCCCAAAGCACUACUUCCCCUGAGACAGGCUCAGCCUUGCAAUGGAAAUAGCCCUCCCCGCUUAACGAUAUGAAAAUCAGGCUCCUGGGGCUUUGGCUGCACCUGACAUCUGGGAACUGCCACGCUCCCAGCUGGCGAGUGCAGAAGGAGCGACUCUGCUGUAAUUAGAGACCAGAGCACGUCUUCAGGUUUCUUCAGACACACAGGUCGCACGCGCUGGUCUCUCCAGAGCUUUCAUCACCGUUAAGAAGGAAUCGUGUCCCUGCUCAAUCCAGAGUUGCAGAGGGGUUGCUUGGGAUGUCUGUUUUGUCUGGGGGGAAAGAGUAAACUACAGCCCCGGCUCAGCCCCGGCCCUGACCAGAAUUUGCACAGGCAAGCAAUGCAGGCCAGUCUACUGCCACCAGCAUAAAGCUAGCCUUCGAGUACCCUGCGUGUGCCGCGUGCUCUGCCAGCGCAGGCUGACCCAGCACGGGCGCCGGCCAGAGCAUCCCCUGCCAGCCGUCCGCCACUCGCAGCAGAGCGCAGUCCAGCCGGGCGCCGGCACUCCAGGAUGCCUGGGAACUGGCUCGAUGCGUGAUGCGCGGUCAGGUGUGGGACCAAGCUCACUCAGCGCCCUGGCUGCUCUCUGGGCCGGGGAGCAGCUGCUCUGGGGCAGAGCAUCUCAGCCAGCCAGAGCUUCCCUGCUCACGCGCUGCCCGGAUGUUGCGGGGUUUCCCCGGGCCCUUUCCAGAGCGCUGGGGAGGCAGGGGAAGGAGCAGUGCACGGCGCUGUCUGUUGGGGACACGCGCAGGGUGUCGGGAAGAGAUGGGGAGGUGGGCAAGAGCUCGGGAGCUCGAGUCAGGCCGGCUUCACGCUGUAAUCCCUGCCCUGAGACAAACGGGUUACAAUGCCUGAUCCCGAGCCCCGGGCAAUGGGCGCUUGCUACGUGCUGCACCUUCCUCUCUCACAAGCCUGAGGAACGGCUCUAGCCCGGGCAGCUGCGGAGCUGCAUUACCUCAUCGUUACUGGAAGGACUUAAUUAAGUGUCUGUGCUAAAAUGGGAAACGGCAGGAGCGCUUGCUGAGCGCAAACCUGCUCCAGCCAAGGUGCACGGUCAAGGUCCCCCCACCCCCGUGUUCACAGUCCUAGCGACCGGGGCCUGGCUUAUGAGAGCACCUGAGGCCACCAGGCCUGCGCCAAGGGCCGAGCGAUGGGCGCCCGAAUGUCGGCUGGCGGUUAGCCUAUCGCUCGCGGGCGGUGAGGAGCCACAGGCAGGACGGGGACGUGGCAUGAUUACACACUAACUACCCCCUUCCACUUCCCGUAGCAUAACAUGUGGCUUUUCUCUCC